AUGAUCGCGCAAUCCAUCAGGGCCUCGCGCCAGGCGCUCGUCCGCGUUGCCCGCCAGCAACCUGCCUUUGUCGCUCGCCGCACUUUCAUCACUCCCUCGGCCGUCCGAUCAGCCGACCUAGUGCAGGACCUGUACCUCCGCGAGCUCAAGAACUACAAGGUUCCUGAAGUCAAGGCCACCGACGCCGAGGGCCACGUCCAGAAGUUCACCGUCCCCAAGGCCCCUGCAUCUCCCGAGGAGACCGACAUUGCGAACGAGCUGAAGUCAUACGAGACACAGGCAGUUGACGUUGAGGGUGCUCAGGGCGAGGACGACGCUGUGCUGCCCCAGGAGGACUGGUUCGAGGAGGAGGACGAGAGCAUCACCACUGCUGGUGCCACCCAUUAG